CAGCUGUGGCAGCAACUGUGGUGGAGGAAGGGCCUGGGCAGCACUGCCCUCCCAGACCCGCCCCCAGGCGCCUCACUGGCAGGGGACACGCUCCCCGCGGAUCUCUGCCUGGCCUGACCCUGCAGCCGCCGGGGCUCAGUGUGCCCGCUAACAAUGGAGAUGACAGGUUUGUCCAGCUCCUCCCUGCCCAGCUGCCUCCUCUCCCUCCACCUGCUCCUCCUCCUCCAGCUGUCUUCCAGCCAUGCAGGACAGUUCAGAGUGAUAGGACCAGGGCACCCGAUCCGGGCUCUGGUGGGAGAUGAGGUGGAGCUGCCAUGUCGCAUAUCUCCUGGGAAGAACGCUACAGGCAUGGAAGUGGGGUGGUACCGCCCCCCCUUCUCCAGGGUGGUGCAUCUCUACCGAAACGGCAGGGACCAAGACGCAGAGCAGGCGCCAGAAUAUCGGGGCCGGACGGAGCUGCUGAAAGAGACUAUUGGCGAAGGAAAGGUGACCCUCAAGAUCCGAAGGGUAAGGUUCUCAGAUGAGGGAGGCUUCACCUGCUUCUUCCGAGAUCAUUCUUACCAAGAGGAGGCAGCAAUGGAGCUGAAAGUGGAAGAUCCCUUCUACUGGAUCAACCCGGGGAUGCUGGUUCUCAUCGCUGUACUUCCCGUGCUCCUCCUGCAGGUCACCGUGGGCCUCGUCUUCCUCUGCCUGCAGCACAGACUGAGAGGAAAACUUCAUGCAGAGAUAGAGAAUCUCCACCGAACUUUUGAUCCCCACUUCCUGAGGGUGCCUUGCUGGAAGAUAACCCUGUUUGUAAUCGUGCCGGUUCUUGGACCCCUGGUUGCCUUGAUCAUUUGCUACAACUGGCUCCACCGAAGACUGGCAGGGCAAUUUCUUGAAGAGCUACGAAAUCCCUUCUGAGUGAUGUCCCAUAUUGGCAAGGGUGGAGGAGAGCCUGGUUGGCCCAGGGAUGAAUCCUUGGGAUGUCUCAUCCAUCAAGUUGCACAUUGACCGGCCUCUUUGCUAUGGAAACCUCCCAGCCCACACUUCCAGAAACAUGAAUUCCCAAUAGAAUGGACUUCCCUUCUUCUGUCAUCUUUCCUCCUUCUGUCAUGUUUCUUUCCCAACUCCUCCCUUCCUUUCUGCCACUCACAUCCUUCCACUCUUCUCUUCAAUCUUCUACCUGGAAGCACUCUCUGGCUAAGUCCAGAAAGGUGCUCUGCACACCUGUGCUUCAGAGUGACAGCCAACAGGGUCUCGGCCACAAACUGGAGACCAAGAACCUACUCACUGCGAAUUAUAGCGUGCCAGCUUAGUUCCUUCCAAGACCCUGACCCAGAUAGGGCAGAGCUCAGAGGUGUGGAGGGUAAAAGGGAAGGAACUUAAGGAUCUAAAACACAAGACAGAGCUCAGUGAGCUGCAGAGUGAGGAUGCAGAGAGCCCCCAACCAAAGAGCAGUGAUGGAGAGGAGCCCACAAAACACUGGCCAGAGGUCCAUCUGACUUGAGCACCUCACAAGGACCCAGGGGAGUGAAGCAUGGCAGGCGGCAACCCGUCUGCUUUGGAAUGUUGCCUUCCACUUCCACACCCUCUGUGGAGGCCUCCCUCUCCCCUCCCCUCAUCCUUUCUCUCCACCUUCUUAGCUGUUUUAUUCCAAAUCGCUACUUGAUGG